GGCCACGCGGCAAGCGAACCCGAAGCAAUAAGGCGAUCGGUGGACACUUUAUUUGCACAGCACGACAGCGUGCGGUGGCACUCGGAACAGAAGCUUCUGAAACGCUCGAAACGCAGCCUGCACUUUAAUGAUCCCAAAUACCCCCAGCAGUGGCAUCUGAACAACCGCAAGAGCCCCGGGAAGGACAUCAAUGUCACGGGCGUCUGGGAGCGGAACGUGACGGGGCACGGCGUGACGGUGGUGGUGGUGGACGAUGGCGUGGAGCACACCAUCAAGGACAUACAGCCCAAUUAUAGCCCAGAAGGCAGCUAUGACUUGAACUCCAACGAUCCCGACCCCAUGCCACACCCUGAUGAGGAGAACGGCAACCACCACGGGACCCGCUGUGCCGGGGAGAUUGCUGCUGUGCCAAACAACAGCUUCUGCACGGUGGGAGUUGCCUACGGGAGCCGCAUCGCGGGCAUCCGAGUGCUGGAUGGGCCCCUCACCGACAGCAUGGAGGCCAUCGCCUUCAACAAGCACUAUCAGAUCAACGACAUCUACAGCUGCAGCUGGGGUCCAGAUGAUGAUGGGAAAACCGUGGAUGGCCCCCACCAACUGGGAAAGGCCGCCCUGCAGCACGGAGUCAUAGCGGGUCGCAGGGGCUUUGGAAGCAUUUUCGUCGUGGCUAGUGGCAAUGGCGGGCAGCACAGCGACAAUUGCAACUACGAUGGUUAUGCCAACUCCAUCUACACCGUGACGAUCGGUGCGGUGGACGAGACGGGCUCCAUGCCGUUCUAUGCCGAGGAAUGCGCCUCCAUGUUAGCGGUGACCUUCAGCGGCGGCGACAAGAUGAUGAGGAGCAUUGUGACGACAGACUGGGAUUUGCAGAAGGGCACAGGGGGCAUUGGCCCCGCCGCUCCUCUCGCUGCUGGGAUGAUCGCGCUGAUGCUGCAGGUGCGGCCGUGUCUCACCUGGCGAGAUGUCCAGCACAUCAUUGUCUUCACCGCCACCAAGUACGAGGAUCGUCACGCAAAGUGGGACGUGAACCAAGCUGGCUUCAGCCACAGCCACCAGCAUGGCUUCGGCUUGCUGAACGCCUGGAGGCUGGUCAACGCUGCCAAGAUCUGGGAGUCCGUCCCAUACCUCGCCUCGUACGUGAGCCCUGUGCUGAAGGAGGGCAGGAGCAUCCCGUUACUCCCACAGGAGCUGGAGGUCGCCUGGAAUGUCACCACCACUGACCUGGAGCUCUCCGGCAUGAAGACGCUGGAGCAUGUGGCAGUCACCUUUGCGGACUGGACCUUCUCCACUGUCCGGUGCUGGGGCGAGGAAGCACAGGGCACGUACAGACUGGUCGUCAGGGACAUCGGAGAUGAGAGCCUGAGGCCUGGGACCUUGAAGCAGUGGCAGCUGACCCUGUACGGCUCCUCUUGGUCCCCAGCAGAGAUGAGGGAACGGCGGAGGGACACUGCCAGCCUGGGGUGGCGGGACAUGGAGGGCUGGAAGCAGGUGCUGCUCGG